AUGUCCUCUUCUUCCAUGGCUUUUUACAUGUCAUCCAUUUCUUCCAGUGGUGACAACUUUACGUUAGAUCAGUAUGUUCACAAGUACCCAUUAUCUAUUGUGCAUGGUGUCACGUUGCAUUUUUCUUCUUCUUCCAUUCUUGAACCUCUAGCGGGCAAAGUAGGGUUUUACUUGAGACACCUUGUUUCUAGGUUAAGACUUCCUCCUAGCUCCUUUUUCUUAGAGGUGUUUUCCGUCAUUUCCUUUUGGUUCACGGUCUUCCAAGAACAAACAUGGGAUGGAAAGGAAAAUUUUGUCAGGGUCUUUUCAGUCUUGCAGGAGGAGUUUGACAUGGCUUUCCAGCUUAUUGCUCAUGUUGAUGACAUUUUUGCUAUUGCGAAUGGGAAGAAAUUGAAACUGUAUGAUGGAUUAUUGAGUCUGCGCGAUCGUUAUUUGUUUUCUGAAGUGAAUUUAUGUAUAUCUGAAGGUAUGAAGUCGGCCGAUAAGGAGGUGUUGUUUGACACGGGGAAACAUCAUGUUGAGCUGAGCGCUCAAUUUCGUGUUGCUUCUGGGAGAAUUAAUUUUUUGGAGAAUCAGUGUUCACUUUUGGAGGCUGACUAUGAGGCUUUCCUUCGAGAGAACGAUGUCCUGCAUGCUCAACUCACUGGGAAGUCUUCUUAA